UUUGGUUUGGUUGGGGGUUGGUGGAGAAUUAGAGAGCUCUGAUUUUCAAAAGGGUUUUUGCUUUGACAGUUUGGUAAAAAAAAAUCUAAAGAGAAAUGGAGGAAGAGAGAGCUUACAGUGCUCAUGUUGUGGUUCUUCCCUUCCAUGGACAAGGCCAUAUAAAUCCAAUGCUCCAAUUUUCUAAACGUUUGGCCUCUAAAGGGCUCAAAAUCACAAUAGCAGCCUUACUUUCUGUCAGUAAGUCCAUGCAAACUGGAGCUGGAUCAGUUACAAUUGAGCCAAUAUAUGAUGACUGCAUUGAAGGUGGGAUUGGAGGACCAGGUGGGUUUAAGGGCUUCCUUGAGAGGUUUGAAGCUAGUGGCAAACGGGGCUUAGUUGACCUCAUCAAGAAACUAGAGAACUCCAAGUACCCUGUGAAGUGCCUAGUGUAUGAUGCUAAUUUACCAUGGGCUCUGAAUAUAGCCAAGCAACUAGGUGUUGCUGGUACUGCAUUCUUCACUCAACCAUGUGCUGCCAUUGCCAGCUACUAUCCAAUGCAUGUGGAGCUAUCUGGCGAGCAACUAACCAUGCCUGCAUUUUCAAUGCCUGGAAUGCCAAAGCCUGGAUUUCCAAACUUGGCAUCUCUUGGUUCAGAUACAGGACCCUACCCCCCUGUAGUCAGGCUCAUAUUGAACCAAUUCAGCAACAUUGAGCAAGCGGAUUGGGUCCUUUUUAACUCCUUUGAUAAGUUGGAAGAAGAGGUUGUAAAAUGGAUGGCCAAUCUCUGGCCUGUUAGGACUAUUGGACCAACCGUGCCAUCUUUUUAUCUGGACAAGAGGGUGGAAGACGACACAGAUUAUGGUUUCAAUCUCUAUAAGCCAAAAACUGAGUCAUGCGUGAGUUGGCUUAACACAAAGGAACCUGGUUCAGUGGUGUAUGUUUCAUUUGGCAGUGUUGCAAGUUUGAACGCUGAACAGAUGACUGAAAUGGCAUGGGCCCUAAGGCAAACUAGCUACAACUUCUUAUGGGUGGUGAAGAUAACCGAAGAUAGCAAUCUCCCUAAUAACUUUAUGGAGGAGACAGCAGGAAAAGGAUUGGUGGUGACAUGGUGCCCACAGUUGGAGGUGUUGGCCCAUCAUGCUCUGGGAUGCUUUAUAACACAUUGCGGAUGGAACUCCACUGUUGAGGCAAUAAGCUUUGGAGUGCCAAUGGUGGGAAUGCCACAGUUUUUAGAUCAAAUGACUAAUGCAUAUUUUGUCGAGAAAGUUUGGGCAGUGGGUGUUCAACCAAAGGUAAAUGGGAAUAAUCUUGCUACUAGGGAAGAAAUUGACAGAUGCAUCAGUGAAGUUAUGCAUGGGGAGAGAACAGAGGAGAUUAAGACGAAUGCUAAGCAGUGGAAAGAGUUUGCCAAGGAAGCAGUGGAUGAGGGUGGAAGUUCAGAUAAGUAUAUAAAUGAAAUUAUUGCUCGAUUAACAGGUGCCUAACAUUGUUUUCUUUAAGUCUGCACCUAUUUCAAUUAAACAUGUACUAUCCAACUGUACUGCUGAUUUUCGUUUUUAGUUCCUUUAUGAAACCUCAAAACAGGUUAUUGAUGUGCUUCUGUUCUGUUUGAUUAUAUCCAGUUUGCAAUAAUGUCAUAUUCUUUACAGUAUAAUAAUUGUUCUAGAAUAA